GGUAUUUUGAAAUGCAUUUUCACAUAAACGAACUUUUCAUGUUUGCUUUCACUUAUGUGCGUUUUUGUGUUGGUACAAUACGACCUGGUGAUGCCUUAUCGGCAAUGGCCGGCGAGGGUUUUACAUCCUAUUUGGAGUUGCCAAAAACAUUUGGAGCAAUCGAAAAUUGUUGGUUUCAAUUUGAAGGUGAUGCGAAAAUUAAAAUUGAUUUGAAUUCCUUUGAAUCCAUCAUAACGGCACGUGAUGAAGAAGUGCUGCCCUUCUCCGCCAAUGUAUGUGGCAUUCGGGUAAAUAAAGUAUCCCCCGUGUCGGCUGCAAUUUGGACGCUAGAAGCCGAAAAUGCCUUUGGUGACUACGAUCAAGGAGGGAUUAAAAUAUCAAUACUUUCUAUGCAAAAGAAACAACUAAAUACCAGCACAGCGAUGGCCAUUGGCGAGGGUGCCAUUUCGUGCACUCUGCCCACAACUGCCACAAAGCAAUGCAAAAUCAUAGAGUAUAACAGUAAAGAGGUUUGGAACUCUUGCAACAUCUACACACAAAUAAGACCAAAUCAGACUUUCGAUUGUUACACCAACAAUUUGGGAUGCAUUACACAGAGUCAUGAGCAUAUAACUGUUGAGCUUAAAAAUAGUACUAUGUAUACUACGGCCAGUGUGACGGAAUCGGAUAAUAGUGUAGUGAUGCGCUGCCAAUUCAGUAGUAUGGUACACGGUUGUCAGGCUGAAUUGCCGGGGCGUGAAAAGGAGUUAUACAUUAUGGAGGGAUUGUACAAUGGACACUACUCGGCCUAUGACACAUUGUAUUCGAAACAGCGUUGUGCCUUGGAAAUACCGAAACCUUUAGCGGAAUCAGAGGUGGGGUUAUGGCGUAUAUAUAACACAGAAAAAACACCACCAACUGGUUGUCUGUUCCACAUUGGCAAGCCGAAGGAACAAAUAAUGGCCGACGAGUUGAGCAAGUUGAUGUUGGAGGUAAACAAAAUUCGAGUUUUCGAUACAGAUACCGAUAUAGAGCUGUUUAUGUGUGAGGUGCCCUUCAGCAUAGACGAUUGCUAUUUGCGUGAUCCCAACAAUACAGUAUACUUUCCGGACCCUAUACGAUUUGAGCGCACGCGCACUUAUGGCCAAUGCCACUUCACUAAAAUGCCUGUAAUGGCAGGUAGUUGGAUAUGUGGUGCGCGCGGACAUGACUAUGCCAGGGAAGUGUUGCAGACAUUUGAGGUCAUAGUCAAAUCUAAAGCAGGCGAAACGCUAACUGAAUCGCUGAAAUUGAAACGGGGCAAAUCGGCCGAAUUGAUGUGUCAGAGCGCGUUUGAAGAACCGCUUACGCAUUGCGCCUUCAUCGAUCCUCUCGGUCGUGUACACUUGGUGGGCACUGCUAAUAGCAUUAAAACUGCAGGCCACGUUAAGUACUUUGGACGCGGUUUGCUAUGGGGUGAAUGCGGCGCACAGAUAAGUGAAACCAAUAGUGAUGAUUUUGGCUUGUGGAAAUGCCAGUUUGUUACCUACAACGAUAAACGCACAUCAAUAUUUAUACUGCGACUGCGUCAAUCCGUUCUUCCUGCUUCAUGGUUUGGCCUAGGCGUUGGUAUAACUAUCAUUGUUGUACUGCUAUUGGCUCUGCUGCUAGCUACGGUGUUCUACCGACGUCGUAAUCGCACAGCCCAACAUAAUUUCACUUCAACGGAUGCCUUCGAUAUGGCUGCGAGUAAUUCUGUGACAGUGACAUCAUUGGAAACUUUGGACCAGCCAGUUGUCGAGAGAUUGUAGUAGAUUAUCUAAGGACUUACAUAUUUACAUACACUUGUGCUCACAUAUAUUAAUUAAGAUGCUUUAUCCUUUUGCAAUAUUUUAUAAACAUUUGUUUGUUAAUUUUUUUAAUACAGUUCAUUGUAUAAUAAAAACCUUUAUAAAUCAAAGUUCUAAACUUUGUGCAAAGUUCACAAAAAUUUAAAAAAAUUGAAAUUGUUAGCAAAAUCUUUAAGUUUUUAAUCAAAAUUUGUAGAAAACUUUUUACAAUAUUCGCAACGUUUUUUAUAAAAAACUUUGUACAAAAUUCACAAAAAUUUAACAAAUUUCAAAUUUUUAUCAAAAUCUUUAACUUUUUAAUCAACAUUUUUUAUAAAAAAACUUUGUACAAAAUUCACAAAAAUUUAACAUAUUUCAAAUUUUUAUCAAAAUCUUUAACUUUUUAAUCAACAUUUUUAGAAAACUUCUAGUAUGCAGUUUGAUAACUCAUUCAAUUUUAGUGCAAUAAUGCAAAUCUGAAGGCGUUCCACAGAAGCUUUGAUUUUUGACAAUUUUUUUUGCAUACGACGUUGAGCAUUUUCUUCCAUAUAAAAGUCUUCCGAACGAAAGCAAUUUUGCAUGAGAAAUAUUGCGAAUAUUGUAAAAAGGUAAAGUAACUUAAUUAUGUGAGCACAGGCGUAUGUAGAUAUUUGUAUGUAUGCAAGUAGGGUAUGCUAUACUUUUGGUUCAAUCUAGUUUUAGGCUUAAGUGCUCGUGGUUGGUAAUGUUUGUAAAUUGUCCAUGUGGCUGUCUGUAUUUAAAUUAUUGUUAUUAUUAUUUUUUAAUACAUUAUAAUAUAGAUAAUAAUACAUGCUGA